AAUCAGAAAUAAAAUAUUGGGCAAGUUGGCCACAGUUUAAUCUCAAAUUCUUUACCCAAACCAAGUCGUAUGUUUCAAAGCUUCUAAGCUGAUCAAGGACAAGUUUUCUCCCUUUCUCUCUCUAGAAUUUCUCAACCCUAUUUGAAUUUUCUUUCUUCGUCUUUAAGCUUUCUUUUUCUCCUCCUAUAUCUUACCGUGGAUCUUAGAUUGGGCGUCGUUUCUCUACUGAUAGCGUAGUGAUGGCCCGCCGUUACGACCCCAACCCUUUCGACGAGGAAGAAGUUAAUCCCUUUUCUGACCCAGCAGUUAGAGGGAAAACAUCAACAAACUAUGGUGGAGGAGCGUUUUAUACAACAAAUCCAGGAAGUGUACCUCCUGCCUCAAACUCAAGACUUUCACCUCUUCCUCCUGAACCUGCAGGUUUCAACUAUGAUGGUGGUGCAACAAUUGAUAUUCCUCUUGACACAGCAGGAUCAAAUUUUCAGGAUUUAAAAAAGAAAGAGAGGGAACUCCAAGCUAAGGAGGCUGAACUGAGAAAGAGGGAACAGGAAGUAAAACGGAAAGAAGAUGCUGCUGCACGAGCUGGAAUUGUUCUUGAGGAGAAAAAUUGGCCACCAUUCUUCCCAAUUAUCCAUCAUGAUAUUGCGAAUGAAAUACCGAUUCAUCUACAAAAGUUGCAGUAUGUUGCAUUUACGACAUUCUUAGGAUUGGCGUGCUGCCUUACAUGGAAUAUUAUAGCAACUACUACAGCAUGGAUUAAAGGGGAAGGGGUAAAAAUCUGGUUUCUUGCUAUUAUCUACUUCAUAGCUGGGGUCCCAGGAGCUUAUGUGUUGUGGUACCGUCCACUUUAUCGUGCUUUUAGGAAUGAAAGUGCUUUGAAGUUUGGAUGGUUUUUCAUGUUUUAUUUGCUUCAUAUUGCCUUCUGCAUCUUUGCUGCUGUUGCUCCUCCUGUUAUUUUCCAUGGGAAAUCUCUUACUGGUAUCCUGCCUGCAGUAGAUCUUAUAGGUGACCAUGUUUUGGUUGGGAUCUUCUACUUCAUUGGGUUUGGAAUGUUCUGUGUUGAAUCAGUGCUCAGCAUCUGGGUUAUUCAGCAAGUAUAUAUGUACUUCCGAGGCAGUGGCAAAGCAGCUGAGAUGAAGCGUGAAGCCGCAAGAGGAGCCAUGAGGGCUGCAUUGUAAGGCUGCAAUUCCCGAUAGAAGCGAGAUAUAUGUGGAUUCAGGCUGAAUGGAGACUAUGGAAUUCCAGCGGACUCUUGUCAUACUUGUUCCAUAAGUUGUUUUUCUUUUUCUUUGUUUUGUGAUAAAAGUAUUGUAUUGGAGAGGUUGCUUCAACUUGGGAUUAGAAAUCUUUUAGACAUGAUCUACUGUAAAUUUGAAUUAGAAAGGUGGUGUUCAUUUAUAUCUGUUCAUGUCCCUCGCUUGAAA